AUGGCUGGUGAUGCCAUUUGGGCUGUCGAAUGCACCGAGCACAUUCAUGCGAGUAAUGAAUCAAGUGCUGAAGCCUUUCAUCGCCAAAAUACUGAGGAGCAUCUGGAGCAAGUCCGAGAAGUUUUGAAUGUACUGAAGGACAACAAGCUAUACCUCAAUCUUAAGAAAUGCACUUUCCUCAAGGACAAGCUGCUCUUCCUCGGAUUUAUUGUAGGUGUCGAGGGAAUACAAGCCGAUGAGGAGAAGGUUCGAGCCAUUCGGGAGUGGCCGACACCCACUACGGUCGGACAUGUCCGAAGCUUCCAUGGUCUAGCCACUUUCUACCGCAGAUUCAUUCAGAAUUUUAGCAGCUUGGUGGCUCCAAUUACCGAGUGUUUGAAGAAAGGACAAUUCAGUUGGGGAGAAGAGCAGGAAGCCAGUUUUGCCAUAAUCAAAGAGCGACUGUCAACAGCGUCGGUCCUAGCCUUGCCUGACUUCGAGAAAUUAUUUGAAGUCGACUGUGAUGCCUCCAUCGUGGGGAUUGGGGCAGUGUUAUCACUGGAGGGUCGGCCAGUUGAAUUCUUCAGCGAGAAGUUGAGUGAAGCUUGGCAGAAGUGGACGACAUACGAGCUUGAAUUCUAUGCGGUGGUCUGA